CGCCCUUCGUUUUCCACUCUCUCUUCUCCAACAUUUCAGGUCUAUUUUCUGGAAGCCCGAGCGACAACGCUCUGAAGCCACGAUGGCCGCGUAAUUGUUUGCAGCAGACAGACAGCAGCAAACACCGCAGUGCAUAACGCAGUGCACUGAUUUACAACAAUAUUUCUACAAAAAUGGCGUCCUUUGUGACUUUCCCCAGCACUGCUGUAGUAGACAGCAUAGAGAAAACAUUCGACUUCCACCAGAUCCGAGAUCUCCUGAUCCUGCGCGUGACCCACAGCCAUGUCACUAAUGAGCUCACAGUUUGGCCCAGACGAUAUGGAGGCCCUAUUUUGGGGGCCUUCGAUUCUGACGGCUGACCCUUUUCGGUCUCUACUGGACCCUGAUGAAAUGAUGGCCUCCCAACCAGAGGAACCAUCUUCGCCCCUCUCUUCUCUUUCUUCACCUUCCUCUCAGUUCUCUUCCCUCUCUCCUCCAUCCUCCCCUUCUCCUCCAUUGCCAGACGAUAAAGUGGGCAGGGGCUUGUUGCCCCUCCCCUGGGUGGCUGCAAACCAGUUGAACCACACACACUUGGGUUCAGGUGAAGCAAAAGAGGACGCCUUCUCCGGAAUGGACUGGAUGGCCGAGACAAUGGAUUUGAAUGAUUUUGAUCUGGACUCCUUCAUCAGCUCCUGUGACCCUGAAAAUUCUCCCAGCUCUCCCGAGGAGCUUGUCUCCUCCCUAGACUCCCUCGAAACCCUCCCAGACCCCAUCCUUGAUGCUGCUGUUCCAACUCUUGAUGCCAGCACACUGCCUGCCCUGGUCCCAGAGGUUCAGACAGAGCUAGAAAUCAAAACGGAGCCCCAUUCUCCAGUUCCAUCCCCAUCUCCGCUCCCCCUGCCCUCCCCAGUCUUCACCCUGGAGCUGGGCAGUGAGGUGGACGUCUCAGAAGUGGAGAAGCCCGUCCCAGUGGAGACCCCUCAGGUUUCUAGGAUCGUGUUGUCCCUUUCCCCGACUCGUAUCGUCCUGCUGCUCGCCCCCCCAAAACAGGAGGUGGGCAUCACCCCAGCUCCUUCCUGCGCUGUGGACCGCCCCAACAAUGGUACAGACACGUCUUUGUCCCCAAAAGCCUGCCAGACCAACUCCAGCCGAACCCGUCCCUACCCCACCAGGCCCAAAUCCAGCCCAGAGAUGGUGGCAGUUCCGGCAGCCCCCGGAGGGUCCAAACCCCGAUCCAGGGUCCUGGAGAAGAGGCAGCGGAAGAUGGAGCAGAACAAGACAGCGGCAACGCGGUACCGCCUGAAGAAGCGUGCCGAACAGGAGGUGCUGCAGACAGAGUGUGACCAGCUUGAAGAGAGGAACCAGGAACUAACUGAAAAAUGUAAUUCUAUCACCAAGGAGAUCCAGUAUCUGAAGGAGCUUAUGGAAGAGGUGCGGCUUGCCAAGCAACGGAAGACCCUUGCCGAAGGAAAUGGCAGCAAGUUGUAGUGUGGUGUGAAAUGUAGGAGUAGGAUGGCAGACUGUUGGUAGAAACUAAAGACUGGUAACAGAAAGGUUUCAAAGUGUUGACUGAUGGGAAAGAUGGGCAGUUGAGUAAGGUGUCCUAACGUCAUGAUUCAUAUUAUUAUUUUUAUAGGCUUUGUGAAGAUGUGCAUCCCAUACCCUAAUGCAUGUCAGUCUCAGCAGUGAUCAGUAUGCUCUUAGUAGUACCGUCUAUAAUCAGUAUCAGAGUCCCUACUUAUUGUUUUGACAAGUAUUAUUGCGUAUUGUGUUGCAUUUACUUACCUUCAUGUAUCCUGAAACUACUUUUGUCUUAUCUUGUACUGUUGAAAUUAGUCCUAAAUAAACUUAUUUUAGUCUACUG